GCUGCUCACACACUGUCCGUCCACUUGGAAAUUUCCCUCAACGCCGAGGAUAUUUUACUGACUGUCGGCAAAUGUGCAUCUUCUCCGGGCUGACUGCUUGAAAUGCCCCAGUAGAGGACCUGAAGCUGUGAAGAUCAGCAGACGUCGAAGGCUGCGUUUUCCUCAGCAAUAAGGUGUAGCUGCAGCCUCCACACACACCACCCGCCAACAUGGUGGUGUUGUCGCUGAAAAUCUGCGUUCGCCAAUGCAAUGUGGUGAAGACUAUGCAGUUUGAACCUUGCACAGCCAUCUAUGAUGCCUGUAGGAUUAUCAGAGAGAGGGUUCCUGAGGCUCAAACUGGACAGGCUUCAGACUACGGUCUGUUUUUGUCUGAUGAAGACCCCAGAAAAGGCAUCUGGCUCGAGUCUGGCAGGACUCUGGACUACUACAUGCUCCGCAAUGGGGACAUCCUUGAAUACAAGAAGAAGCAGAGGCCCCAGAAAAUCAAAAUGCUGGAUGGGGCUGUUAAAACCAUCAUGGUGGACGACUCCAAAACAGUGGGAGAGCUACUUGUGACUAUAUGCAGUAGAAUAGGCAUCACCAACUAUGAGGAAUACUCUCUGAUCCAGGAGAUAGUGGAGGAUAGGAAAGACGAAGGGAUGGGCACGCUGAGGAAAGACAGGACACUGCUAGGCGACGAGAGGAAGAUGGAGAAGCUGAAAGCCAAACUACACACAGACGAUGACUUGAACUGGUUGGACCACAGCAGGACCUUCAGAGAGCAAGGUGUGGAUGAGAACGAGACGCUUCUGCUCAGACGCAAGUUCUUCUACUCGGACCAGAACGUGGACUCCCGAGACCCGGUCCAACUCAACCUGCUUUAUGUACAGGCCCGAGAUGACAUCCUGAACGGUUCUCACCCCGUAUCAUUUGACAAGGCCUGCGAGUUUGGAGGCAUUCAGGCCCAGAUCCAGUUCGGACCUCACAUAGAGCACAAACACAAACCUGGAUUCUUAGACCUGAAGGAGUUUCUUCCCAAAGAAUACAUAAAGCACCGAGGAGCUGAGAAGAAAGUAUUCCAGGAUCACAAAGACUGUGGAGAGAUGACGGAGAUUGAAGCAAAAGUGAAAUAUGUGAAACUUGCGAGGUCUCUGCGGACAUAUGGAGUAUCUUUCUUCCUGGUCAAAGAAAAGAUGAAGAGUAAGAACAAGCUGGCACCACGGCUCCUGGGGAUCACCAAAGAAUCUGUGAUGAGAGUGGAUGAGAAGACCAAAGACGUGGUUCAAGAGUGGCCACUUACCACUGUGAAGAGGUGGGCAGCGUCCCCCAAGAGCUUCACCCUGGACUUCGGGGAGUACCAGGAGAGCUACUACUCGGUUCAGACUACUGAAGGGGAACAGAUCUCCCAGCUCAUUGCUGGUUACAUUGACAUCAUCCUCAAAAAGAAGCAAAGCAAGGAUCGCUUUGGAUUAGAAGGUGAUGAGGAAUCAACCAUGCUUGAGGAAUCUGUAUCACCUAAAAAGUCUACCAUCCUUCAGCAGCAGUUUAACCGCGUGGGCCGGGUGGAGCACGGCUCUGUGGCGCUGCCAGGCGUGAUCCGAUCUGGCUCCAUUGGCACAGAGUCGCUCACCAUGGGCACCAUGCCAUCUGCUCAGCAGCAGAUCACAAUGGGUCAGAUGCACCGUGGACACAUGCCACCACUGAGUUCAGCACAGCAGGCUCUGAUGGGAACCAUUAACACCAGUAUGCAAGCUGUGCAGAAGGCUCAGAUUGACCUGGGGGAGGUUGACAACCUGCCACCACUGGGACAGGACAUGGCAUCCAAGGUGUGGAUCCAGAACAAGAUGGAUGAAUCAAAACACGAGAUUCACUCUCAGGUUGAUGCCAUCACUGCAGGAACAGCCUCUGUCGUCAACCUCACAGCUGGCGACCCCACUGACACAGACUACACAGCAGUAGGCUGCGCUAUCACGACCAUCUCCUCCAACCUGACAGAAAUGUCAAAGGGUGUGAAGCUGUUGGCUGCAUUGAUGGAGGAUGAGGUGGGCGGAGGUAACGACCUGAUGAAGGCUGCCCGGACACUAGCAGGGGCUGUGUCUGACCUACUGAAGGCUGUGGAGCCAGCCUCUGGAGAGCCCAGACAGACUGUGCUGACGGCAGCGGGCAGCAUCGGCCAGGCCAGUGGAGACCUCCUGCGCCAGAUUGGAGAGAGCGAGACAGAUGAGAGGUUCCAGGAUAUCCUGAUGAAUCUGGCCAAAGCGGUGGCCAAUGCUGCAGCCAUGUUGGUGCUGAAGGCCAAGAACGUGGCCCAAGUUGCAGAGGACACAGUUCUUCAAAACAGAGUCAUUGCUGCAGCCACCCAGUGCGCCCUGUCCACCUCCCAGCUGGUGGCAUGCGCCAAGGUGGUAAGUCCCACCAUCAGUUCCCCUGUUUGCCAGGAGCAACUAAUUGAAGCUGGAAAGCUGGUGGAUCGCUCAGUAGAGAGCUGCGUCCAGGCCUGCCUCUCAGCCACAGAGGAUGGUGAGCUUCUAAAACAGGUGAGCGCAGCAGCCAGUGUGGUGAGUCAGGCUCUGGGAGAUCUCCUGCAACACGUCCGGCAGUAUACCUCAAGAGGAGAGCCAAUUGGGCGCUACGAUCAGGCCACAGACACCAUUAUGACCGUUACUGAGAGUAUCUUCAGCUCAAUGGGAGACGCAGGAGAGAUGGUCCGUCAGGCUCGGGUGUUGGCUCAGGCCACCUCAGACCUGGUGAACGCCAUGAGGUCUGAUGCUGAAGCUGAGGUGGAUGUUGACAAUUCUAAGAAGUUGUUGGCUGCUGCAAAACUUCUGGCUGAUGCAACUGCAAGGAUGGUGGAGGCAGCAAAGGGUGCAGCAGCGUACCCAGAGAACGAGGAUCAGCAGCAGAGACUGAGGGAAGCUGCCGAGGGGCUCCGUGUGGCCACCAACGCUGCUGCUCAGAAUGCAAUAAAGAAGAAGCUGAUCAACAGAUUGGAGAAUGCUGCCAAGCAGGCUGCGGCUGCAGCCACACAGACCAUUGCUGCUGCUCAGAAUGCUGCCGCCUCCAACAAGAACACUGCUGCUCACCAGCAGCUGGUGCAGAGCUGUAAGGCAGUGGCUGACCACAUCCCACAGCUGGUCCAGGGGGUGCGUGGCAGUCAGGCCAAACCAGAAGACCUCAGUGCACAACUAGCCCUUAUCAUCGCCAGCCAGAACUUCCUACAGCCUGGUAGUAAAAUGGUGACCUCGGCCAAGUCGUCUGUUCCCACGGUGACUGAUCAGGCUGCAGCCAUGCAACUGGGUCAGUGUGCCAAGAACCUGGCCACCUGCCUGGCUGAGCUGAGGACGUCUGCACAGAAGGCUCAUGAAGCUUGCGGCCCUAUGGAGAUCGACUCUGCCCUUACUGCCGUCCAGACCUUGAGGAGUGAGCUGCAAGAUGCCAUGCAGGCUGCUGUUAAUGCCCAACUGAAACCUUUACCUGGAGAAUCCUUGGAGAAGUGUGCUCAGGAUCUGGGCAGCACCUCCAAGUCAGUAGGAUCCUCUAUGGCUCAGCUGCUUACCUGUGCUGCACAAGGAAAUGAACACUACACAGGAAUAGCAGCCAGGGAGACAGCGCAGGCCCUGAAAACACUGGCCCAGGCAGCCCGCGGCGUGGCUGCCUCCACCACGGACCCCAAGGCGGCUGCUGCCAUGCUAGACUCUGCUCGUGAUGUCAUGGAGGGCUCAGCACUUCUGAUUCAUGAGGCCAAGCAGGCACUGAUAUCCCCAGGAGAUGCUGAGAGUCAGCAGAGACUGGCGCAGGUGGCCAAGGCUGUGUCUCAUUCCCUGAAUAACUGCGUCAACUGUCUGCCUGGCCAGAAAGAUGUGGACAUGGCUCUCAAGAGCAUCGGGGAGGCCAGCAAGAAGCUUCUGAUAGAAACUAUCCCUCCAGCCUCCAAGUCAUUUCAAGAGGCUCAGAGUGAGCUGAACCAAACAGCAGCAGACCUGAACCAGUCAGCAGGCGAUGUGGUCCACGCCUCUAGAGGGUCCAGCGGCCAGCUGGCGGUGGCCUCUGGGAAGUUCAGCCAAGACUUUGAUGAGUUCCUUGAUGCUGGCAUCGAGAUGGCUGGGCACACUCAGAAGAAGGAUGACCAGGUGCAGGUGAUCGGUAACCUGAAAAACAUUUCCAUGGCUUCCAGCAAGCUGCUACUGGCUGCUAAGAGUCUGUCUGUAGACCCUGCAGCAGCAAAUGCCAAGAACCUGCUAGCAGCUGCUGCACGAGCUGUGACUGACAGUAUUAACCAGUUGAUCACACUGUGUACACAGCAGGCUCCUGGCCAGAAGGAGUGUGACAACGCCCUGAGAGAGUUGGAGGCUGUCAGAGGAAUGCUGGACAACCCCAACGAGCCAGUCAGUGACCUCUCAUAUUUUGACUGCAUCGAGAGUGUGAUGGAGAACUCCAAGGUCCUGGGAGAGUCCAUGGCGGGUAUUUCUCAGAACUGUAAGACGGGAGAUGUGACUGCAUUUGGAGACUGUGUGGGAUCAGCCUCAAAGGCCCUGUGUGGCCUUACUGAAGCUGCUGGACAGUCCUCUUACCUGGUGGGUGUAUCUGAUCCCAACAGUCACGCAGGGCACCAGGGGUUGGUGGAUCCCAUUCAGUUUGCCAAAGCAAACCAGGCAAUCCAGAUGGCCUGUCAGAAUCUUGUUGACCCUGACAGCAGCCCUUCCCAGGUUCUCUCAGCAGCCACAAUUGUUGCUAAGCACACCUCAGCACUGUGCAACGCCUGCCGCCUGGCUUCCUCUAAAACAACCAAUCCAGUUGCCAAGAGGCACUUUGUCCAGUCUGCCAAGGAGGUAGCCAACAGCACUGCCAACCUGGUCAAAACCAUCAAGGCUCUAGAUGGUGAUUUCUCAGAUGAGAACAGGAACAAGUGUCGAGUUGCCACAGCUCCACUAAUCGAGGCGGUGGAAAAUCUGACAACGUUUGCUUCCAACCCAGAGUUUGCCAGCAUCCCCGCUCAAAUCAGCAACGAAGGCUUUGCAGCACAGGAGCCCAUCCUCCAAUCAGCACGAUCUAUGCUCGACAGCUCGACCCACCUGCUCAAGACCGCACGCUCAUUGGUUAUCAACCCUAAAGACCCACCCACCUGGUCUGUUUUGGCUGGUCACUCUCGCACAGUCUCGGACUCCAUCAAGAGUCUCAUCACAGCCAUCCGGGACAAGGCCCCAGGCCAGCGGGAGUGUGACUCGUCAAUUGAUAACAUCAACAAAUGUAUCCGGGACAUUGAGCAGGCCUCUCUGGCAGCAGUCAGCCAGAACUUACCCAGCAGGGACGACAUCUCACUGGAGGCCCUACAAGAGCAGCUGACGUCCACCGUGCAGGAAAUUGGCCACUUAAUUGACCCUGUUUCUACCGCUGCCAGAGGCGAAGCUUCCCAACUUGGACACAAGGUAACCCAGCUGGCUCGAUACUUUGAACCACUGAUCAAGGCCUCAGUGGGAGUGGCAUCGAAGCUGAAUGACCACCAGCAGCAGAUGACUUUCUUGGACCAGACCAAGACCCUGGCUGAGUCUGCUCUACAGAUGCUCUACGCUGCCAAGGAGGGUGGAGGAAACCCAAAGGCAUCCCAUACCCAUGAUGCCAUAGCAGAGGCAGCUCAGCUCAUGAAGGAGGCAGUUGAUGACAUUAUGGUGACACUGAAUGAGGCUGCCAGUGAAGUCGGCAUGGUGGGAGGUAUGGUGGACUCCAUCGCAGAUGCCAUGGCCAAGCUGGAUGAGGGUACACCACCUGAACCUGAGGGAUCAUUUGUGGAUUACCAGACUAGUAUGGUGAAAUACUCCAAGGCUAUUGCUGUCACUGCUCAGGAAAUGAUGACCAAAUCGGUGACAUGUCCAGACGAGCUUGGCACCCUGGCCUCUCAGGUGACUGUGGACUACAGCCAGCUGGCUGUUCAGGGGCGACUGGCUGCUCACACAGCUGAGCCAGAAGAGAUUGGUUUCCAGAUUAAGAAUCGAGUGCAGGAGCUUGGUCAUGGCUGUAUUUUCCUGGUCCAGAAGGCCGGAGCACUGCACAUCACUCCUUCUGACAGCAUCACCAAACGAGAGCUCAUCGACUGUGCCCGGGCAGUUACGGAGAAGGUGUCCUUGGUGCUCUCCGCCCUCCAGGCAGGCAACAAGGGCACACAGGCCUGUAUCACAGCAGCCAGCGCUGUGUCCGGCAUUAUCGCAGAUCUGGACACCACCAUCAUGUUCGCCUCUGCCGGCACUCUUAAUGCAGAGAACGAAGAGUCCUUCGCCGACCACAGAGAAAACAUUUUAAAGACAGCCAAAGCUCUGGUUGAAGACACAAAGAUGUUGGUGUCUGGUGCGGCUUCCGGUCAGGACAAGUUGGCUCAGGCUGCACAAUCUUCUGCCAAGACUAUUACACAGCUCACAGAUGUGGUCAAACUGGGAGCUACCAGCAUUGGUUCUGAUGACCCUGAGACACAGGUGGUCCUGAUAAACGCUGUCAAAGAUGUGGCCAAGGCACUGGCUGAGCUCAUUAGUGCCACCAAAUGUGCCGCUGGCAAGGCAGCAGAUGAUCCAUCUAUGUACCAGCUGAAGAGCGCUGCCAAGGUGAUGGUAACAAAUGUAACGUCCUUGCUGAAGACGGUCAAGGCUGUGGAGGAUGAGGCCACGCGAGGCACCAGAGCACUGGAGGCCACAAUUGAGUGUAUCAAACAGGAAUUGGCGCUGUUUCAAUCCAAGGAUGCUCCCAGCCAGACUACCACACCUGAGGAGUUCAUUCGCAUGACCAAGGGCAUCACCAUGGCAACGGCUAAGGCAGUGGCUGCAGGGAACUCUGCCCGGCAGGAGGACAUCAUCCAUACAGCCAACCUCAGCCGCAAAGCUAUUUCAGACAUGCUUACUACCUGCAAGCAAGCAGCCUAUCAUCCAGAGGUCAGUGCUGAGGUGAAGAAGAGAGCGCUGUCAUAUGGGUCAGAGUGCACAACUGGAUACAUUGAUCUACUGGAACAAGUGCUGAUGGUGCUGCAGAGGCCCACUGCAGACCAGAAACAGCAUCUAGCGGCAUGCUCUAAACGUGUGGCAGGAGCCGUCACAGAGCUCAUCCAGACCGCAGAGGCCAUGAAAGGUUCGGAGUGGGUGGACCCCGAGGAUCCGACCGUGAUUGCAGAAACUGAGCUGCUCGGAGCGGCAGCAUCCAUUGAAGCAGCAGCUAAGAAGCUGGAGCAGCUCAAACCUCGAGCCAAGCCCAAGCUAGCAGAUGAGACGUUGAACUUUGAGGAGCAGAUUCUGGAGGCAGCCAAAUCCAUCGCUGCAGCCACUAGCGCUUUGGUCAAAUCGGCUUCAGCUGCCCAGCGAGAGCUGGUGGCUCAGGGCAAAGUGGGCUCCAUCCCAGCCAAUGCUGUGGAUGAUGGACAGUGGUCCCAGGGGCUUAUCUCAGCUGCUCGUAUGGUAGCAGCAGCAACCAGCAACCUGUGCGAGGCAGCCAACGCCUCUGUGCAAGGCCACGCCAGCGAGGAGAAACUAAUCUCCUCAGCAAAACAGGUGGCGGCCUCCACUGCACAGCUGCUGGUGGCCUGUAAAGUGAAAGCUGACCAAGACUCUGAGGCCAUGAGGAGACUGCAGAUUGCUGGGAAUGCAGUUAAGAAGGCAUCAGACAACCUGGUGCGGGCGGCUCAAAAGGCAGCAUUUGACAAAUCAGAUGAAGACAGCGUGGUGGUCAAGACGAAGUUUGUGGGUGGAAUUGCACAGAUCAUUGCAGCCCAGGAGGAGAUGCUAAGGAAGGAGAGAGAGCUGGAAGAAGCCAGGAAGAAGCUGGCUCAGAUUAGGCAGCAGCAGUACAAGUUCCUGCCCAGCGAGCUACGAGAAGACAACAACUAACGAAGCAAAGCAGCCCUCUCUGCUGCAGAUACUUGAACUCAGUGUGAGGAGCACAUCUGUGUUUGUGUGCAGAUUUGCGUCCUUUUUAAUAACGCAUGCGGACAGGUAUGUUGCCUACAGUACAGCAACUUCAGAUAUGUUGUAACUGAUUUUUAACAAACCAGGAAUGCCCAAGUCUGCAGUGAACGCCGUCCACAUCAUAUGGGGAGGACUUAAAGUCAACUGCUGCAAAGUUCGAAAUACUACUGCGUGGAACUGACUACUUCAAGGAAACAACUCAACAUAAACUGCUUUGACUGACCUGAAAGAGAAUGUGACAUGCUUGGGACAAACAGUACAGCUCAUAUGCUCUCAUGUUUGCACAGAAGCUACUCCUUUGUUUUACAAAUUGCAGCUGUAGUUCAUAAACUCUUUAGGAUGAAGAACUGAUUGUAUCGCUGUCCUUGUCCCAUAGCAAAAGCAUUUCAGCUUGGUACUCUGAUAUUGUAUGAAUGUGGGCCUUUUAUGCUCUGUGAAACGUGUUCACGUCCAGUCCGGCACCUUAAUAUCUGUUUGAAUCGUGUAAAUCACAUGACCGUGGCGUGUCUUUUUGACUGUAAUUCAGUGGUCAUUAACCCUAAUAUGAAAGAUGUUUUGCAUACUGGUGUUUCUUGGACCAUACUGUAAUUUUCAAUAAUGGAAGGUUUGUUUUUUUGUUUUUUUGGAAAUACAAUGUAGACAGUAAUAUGAGCAUCAUACUUUCUUAUUUGACUUUUUUAUGCUGAUAUCGACAGGCUCUA